AUGUAUGUGCCUCAAACGAUCAACACAAGACGGGCCGUGUUGGUCUGGUUCCCAUCUUACUUCAAACAUGGCUGUGCAAGUGAUUAUGGUGGACAACAUUUGGUUAAAGAAGAUAUCAUAGUUGUAGUAGUAAAUUUUAGACUCGGCAUAUACGGUUUCAGCUGCCUAAAUGAGCCAGCCUUCCCAGGAAAUACUGCUUUGCGGGACCAAGAUGCCGCAUUGAGGUGGAUUAAAAACUAUAUACAUAAAUUUGGUGGAGACCCUCACGCAGUGACGAUCGGCGGUCAAGGUUAUGGAGGUGGUUUUGUUGACAUACACAUGUACUCAGAAUUUGAGAGAUUGUACGAUAAAGCUAUCAUACAAAGUGGUUCAAUUUUUGCCAAAGGAUUUUUUGGUAAAUCUAAUCCAUCAUCCGUUCUUAAAAUAGCGAAGCAUCUUGGGCAAACUAUUGGCAGAAACACGAGGCCUAGAGAUGUCCUACCGUUCUUAUCUAAAAUUGAUCCAGUAAAACUUCUAAAUGUCUCAAAUAUCCUUGAUAUAAAAGUAAAUAUUUGUAAAGAACAAUAUUACAAAUCCGGUAUCCAAAAUUUUAUUACUAAGGGGCCACAUCAUUUGAACAAAUUAGAUAAAAUCAAAGAUACAAAAAUAUUGGUAGGUUAUAACAGUAUGGAGCUGUUGGGCGUAUAUGUUCAGGAUAAUAAUAAUACUCCGGAGUUUUACAAGUCUUUAGGCAAUGUUUUCUAUAAAAGGAUAAGUCAAACUUUUCAACUGUCUGAAAAAGAAAAACAAGAACUUACAAAACGAAUAAGAAAGUUCUAUUUAGGUGGGCAAGAAAUGAGUCCUGCGACGAGGAUUCAGCUCAUUGAGUCCAGUUCCGAUUUAUACGUCAACCAUCCUGUUGAAAUGUCUGUAGACAGAUUCAUACACGCUGGAGCUACGGUAUAUAAAUACCUAUUUUCAUAUACUGGAGAUAGUCAAUUUAAAAAUAUUAAAGGAUCUGGUGCAUCAAAUGAAGAAGAGCUUAAGUAUCUGUUUGAAAUGAAAACUAAAAUUAAAGGUGGAGAAGGAGGAAGAAUAAGAAAUACACUGAUACGUUUGUGGGCAAAUUUUGUUAAAUAUGGCAAUCCUUCUCCUAAAGGCAAGCCAUCAUGGUCAAAGGUGACAGGAGAAAGCAGACCUUAUCUAGAUAUUAAUUCGGAAACUCAAAUGAAGAACCAUGUAUUCCGACAGCGCAUGGCUUUUUUAGACUUGCUGUUUUAUAGUUAUAGAAAAAAAGUCAUGGUCCAUUAA